AUUCCACAGCCGUCGAUCAACUUCUAGGGUUUUAGUGCAAUCGAAACGAGUGCUCCCCCUCCAUAAAACCCUCGACUUUGCCGCCGAAGCUCGUUGGCGAAGGGAGCGCCAGAGCUCGAAGAUCAGUGAGCAUAAUGGUCUUUGUGAAAGCCCAAAAAACCAAAGCUUACUUCAAGCGGUUCCAAGUGAAAUUUAAGAGAAGGCGACAGGGAAAGACAGACUACCGGGCAAGGAUCCGGUUGAUUAAUCAGGACAAGAACAAAUACAACACACCCAAGUACCGAUUUGUUGUCCGCUUUACCAACAAGGAUAUUAUUGCGCAAAUAGUAUCUGCAAGUAUAGCAGGAGAUAUGAUUUUAGCCUCUGCUUAUGCCCAUGAACUACCUCGUUACGGGCUUGAAGUGGGUCUCACUAAUUAUGCUGCAGCCUAUUGCACCGGACUUCUGUUGGCUCGUCGUGUCUUGAAGAUGCUUGAAAUGGAUGAGGAAUAUCAAGGAAAUGUUGAAGCUACUGGAGAAGAUUUCUCUAUUGAACCAGCUGAGAGCAGGAGGCCUUUCCGUGCUCUCCUUGAUGUGGGUCUUCUGAGGACUACAACUGGAAAUCGUGUCUUUGGUGCUCUUAAGGGUGCAUUAGAUGGUGGUCUUGAUAUUCCUCAUAGUGAUAAGAGGUUUGCUGGCUUUAAAAAGGAUGCUAAGAAACUUGAUGCAGACGCUCACCGGAAUUACAUCUUUGGUGGGCAUGUUGUAUCUUACAUGAGGUCCCUAUUGGAUGAUGAAACAGAGAAGUAUCAGACACAUUUCAGCAGAUACAUAAAGAAAGGUCUUGAGGUUGAUGAUAUUGAAGAAAUGUACAAGAAGGUACAUGCUGCAAUCCGUGCAGAUCCAACAGCAGUAAAAUCCACCAAAGAACCACCAAAGCAGCACAAGAGGUAUAACUUGAAGAAACUAACCUAUGAGGAGAGGAAGGCUAAACUUGUUGAACGAUUGAACGCACUCAAUUCAACUGCUGAUGAUGAUGAGGAUGAUGAUGAGUAAAAACUGUAGUUUAAUUAAUUAGCUUGAACUCUUAUAUCGGCAUUGUUGUUUUCUGGGUUUUUUACGAUUCUAUUUUACAUGGAAUUUAAGUUCACCAAAGUCUGGUGGUUUCAUUCUAGAUCAAGAAGACUAUCAGAUGUUUCUGUUUCUUGCAGUCAA